AUGCCUCCUCCUCUGGCCGCUGGCCUUGCCGCCUUCGUCGUCCUUGACGGCUUGUCGCGCACUCGCUGCAGCCGCCUCUUCGCUCCCCGGAGAUUUGGUGGCGGCGCGAGUGAUAUCUCUGCAACUAAAAAGAGCCAAAUCAUAUCGUCAUAUCGGCCUGCCUCCGUGAUCCGCUGGGCUCUUCCCAGCUUCGCAAAACCGCCGCAGCUCUCGCACGCGCGUUCCCUUCCACCGCAGCUCCCCCACUACUCGCGCGCUUCCCCUAAACCGCCGUCCGCUCGCCGCGGCCGCACGCCAGGCGCUCGGGUGAGCCCGCUGACCGCGCACCCUACUGCUGGGGAUCGACCGCGGCACACUCCACUGCCGCCGCCGCUGCCGCAGUUCGCUCGACGGGCUCCAAGAAACCGCCACCGCCGCUGCCACAGUUCGCUCGUCGGGCUCGAAGGAACCGUCACCAGACCACCACGCCCACGCCAAGCCGUCAUCGCCGUGCCACCGCUGCCAGACGCGACGCGACCCCUGCGCCCGCGACCGCGACGCCGCCUCGCCGCCGGACGCACGGAAGAAAAUGGACUAGAGGAGGUCCUGCAUCUUCGGGCGCACAACAGACAGGUGAUGGAAAAAAAUGUCAAUGCCCUUGGUUCCAGUGGCAGAUACUUACUAAGAAAGAUGUAUGUCUCAAACAAAAUAAACUAUAGACAUGAUUUUAAUGUGCGCCUGUGCCACAGUUAUUUGUCAUCCAGUCCCCAUCCAGUCCACUGAAAAAUCAAAUUACUACUCUACAUGACUUCAUAGUAUGGCCACCUUGGGGAGCAAAGCAUUGGAGGUCUUCAUUCUGGACAUCUUCACCAAGAAUGGAUAGAAACAAUAAUAUACUUUGCAUAUGAUUCUGGAGGUCUUUCAUUCUUGAUGGAAUGGCCUCAUCAAUAUAUACUGAGAAGAGUUCCCCAUUGAAUGUUGGCAAUCAGCAUCCGUUUCCUUCAUGAUACCCAAUAAUAGAUAGAGUUUUUUAUAUCAUAUCUCCUGUUAUUUGGUACUUUGUGUUGUGCAGAACAUGAGGAUUUGGAGAUGAUCCUAAUCUGAGUUUACUGAACAACAAUAUAUUUAGUUCCUUGUAUUUUUUUUCUUUUAUAGGCACGAUGUUGUAAUUUAGUUUUGAGCAACAAUUUAGAUAGCAAGUGACCAUGCAGUAGUAUGGUUGCAGAUUAACUAAUCUUUGUUCUUUCAGAUUAACUUGAGUGCUUUGGGAAAAGAAAACCUAACAAAGCUAUACUAACCUUUAGAAUGCAAAAUAUAAAUUCUAUAAGAAGUGCUCUUGCACCGUAUCUAUCUUAUAGUAAGCAUAUACAGUGGGCUAAAGUUUCUGCUUAUUCUUUAUUGUCCAGUUCAAUACCCAUAAAUGGUGACUGAAAUUAUUAUCAAAGCACUGAAAAUUUCUAGACAGGGAGGUAUCAUUAACAAAGGCUAGGGUGGGCUUGUGAAAAUUCCUCAAAGCAUUGUCUUCUUUAUAGUAGUUUGUUUCUAGCAUAUUUCUCUUUUUUGUUAGGUUUUAUGAAUUGACUGUUGUCAUCUUAUAUACCAUUAGAUGAUGCCAUUUUCAGGAAUGGCUCUUUCUACCAUAUUUCUCUCUUUUUCUUAGUUGAUGUGAAAUGCCUGGAGUCAUCUUAAUUUUAUACCAUUAGAUGUCGCCAAUUUUAGGAAUGGUUGUUUAUAUCUUAUUUCUCUUCUUUUCUUAGUUGUUGUGAAAUGCCUCAAGUCAUCUUUUAUACCAUUAGAUAUUUUUUGUUGUGUUUAACUUUAUCUAUCCGUUCACCUCUCAUGACGGGAGCAUUAGUCCUCAGGAUUUUGACUUGUUUUUUCUCAUGGUCUACUAGCAAGUUCAAGACCCAUAAAAGGUGACUGAAAUUAUUGUCAGAGCACUGAAAAUUACUGGGUACUCUUAACGAGCAGAGAGUACUUAGGCAUACCUUGAACCUCAAUGGUGUCAUUUCGGCGACAAUGAGGUUAGUUGACAUGGGUUCUCUAUAUUUUUCAGAUGAUCCCUAUAGAGUAAUAAUCAAUGGGUGUUAAUACUCAGCACAAAAGAUCUCUUGUAGUUGUUCAUUUACAAGAGCUGAGUGUCUAAAUAGGCUAGGUGGGCUGCAGAUGAUUAUGUUUUGUGGUUUCUAUAUUCUGGUUGGCAAAAUCUGAAUAUUUUUGUCCUUUUAUCUUUAUUUGUUUUAGAAAGCAAUGGAAUAUUGUGAUUUAUAUAGUUGAUCCAUGAGAAUUUGUUUGUUUUA